AUGGGAUGGUUUUUCACAAAGACGGGGCGGUACACGUUAAAUCGGGGUAUAUGUUCGCCCAAGAAAAUCCUGAUGAUGACGUGGGGCAUGAUUACGUGUCGGGGUAUGCAGAUAGACCCACAAUGUAUGAGAUGUGGAAUGGCUGCGGAAACGAUUAAUCAUAUGGUGUUUGAAUGUCCGCCAGCACUACAGGUUUGGGCACUAUCCCCGAUUCCCACGGCUAUCAACCGGUUUCCAACAGAAGGUCUAUUUACGAAUAUGGCAUAUUUAUUCUGGAACUUACCGAAUGAUGAUAGAAUGAGGAUGUAUCCUUGGUUGAUUUGGUUUAUUUGGAAAGCUCGCAAUGACAAGGUUUUCUCUAAUGGGGAUUGGGACCCGAAUGAGAUUAUAAGUCACGCAGCAGCGGAGGCUUCAGCCUGGACAAUGGCUCAGACACGACAGACCUCAGUGAGGACGAUUUCAACAGCCAUGGUGGACACGAUUCGUUCGGGUGACAGAUGUCAAGUGGAUGGAUCUUGGAAAGAAACAGACCCAAGAGAGGUGGAAGCUCUGUUAUGGGCAAUGCAAUGUAUGCUACGGCAUAACAAGUUAGUGAUGGUGUUUGAGACGGACUGUUCCGACGUAGGGAAGAUGGUGUCUAAACCAGAGGAGUGGCCAGCUUUUACAAUCCUAUUAGAAGAAAUUGAUAGAUGUAAAAGGCGUUUUACCUCCUUCUCAAUUGAGCAUAUAUCAAGGACCAACAACACGAAGGCAGACAAGUUAGCACGGAGUGCUCGAGCUAUACCUACUAGUGUGUAUUAUGUAAACUAUUUCCCCAACUUGGAUUUCUAA